AUGAUGGGUACACUACUCACAUCUUCAUCGUAUGUCGAUUUUUCUAAUGUUACAAUUAACAUUAAUAAAACAACAACAACAACGUCAACAAUGCCUGUUGGGAUUCGAAUAGUAACUUUAACAUGUAUGAUAUUAAUCGAUAUAAGUGCAUUUCUUGGCAAUUUACUUGUAAUAUGUGCUUUUUUUCGUACACGUCGUUUACAAACAGUAACUAAUUAUUUUAUAGCAUCGUUAGCUUUUGCUGAUGCUUUAGUUGCAAUAUUUGUUCUUCCACUAAGUAUUUAUUAUAAUCAACGUGAUCGUUCAUGGAAACUUGGUUUAAUUUUAUGUGAUUUAUGGGUAUCAUCAGAUGUUCUUUUAUGUACAUCAAGUAUACUUAAUUUAACUUGUAUUUCUGUGGAUCGAUAUAUGGCUAUAACAAAACCAUUAACAUAUACUGCAUAUAGAUCAAAAUUUCUUGCUCGUGUUAUGAUUUUAUUAGUAUGGAUUGUUUCAGUCGUUAUAACAUGCCCACCUAUAUUCGGUUGGCGAGAUAAAAAUAGACGUCAAACAGUCGAACAACAAUAUAAAUGUGAUUUGAAUACAGCAAGAGGUUAUGUUGUCUAUUCUGCACUUGGCUCAUUUUAUAUUCCAGGUGUUGUUAUGAUAUUUGUUUAUAUACGUAUAUUUAUGGUUGUUUAUGAUCGUGAAAAUUUAAUAAAAAACUUUCGUAAUAAUAAUAACAGUAAUAAUAAUACUCGAUCAUCAAAUCUAUCAAUAAAAUCAAAUCCUAACAGCUGUAUAACUAAUACACAUAUAUCAAAUAAUAAAAAACAAGAUCAAAAUUUUUCUUCAUGGUGUUGUUUUUGUUUUCGAAGAGAAUCAAAAGAAAAUUUAUCAUCAAGAACAUCAGCACCUCAUUAUUCAUAUAAUUGUUGUCCAACUAUUGAACAAAAGCAAAAUGGUUAUCUUAUUUAUCGUUUUACAAAUAAUAACAAUUCGAAUCCGAAUCCAAAUGCAAAUUCAAAUAUCAAUACAAAUUCACCUGUACAUACACGACGAUUAAGUGCAAAAACAUCAAUUUUUUCACGUUCAUGUAAAAAUCCAACAAAAAAAUUAAGCAAUAUAUCCGAUGAUAUUUAUCAAUCUCGAUGUAAUUGUUCAACACAUAUAUCUUCUGAAUAUCAAUUUCGUGAAGAUGAUUCAUCAUCUUAUGAAUUACAAACAUAUGAAAAAACUGUCACACCAUUAAUUAAACGUCGAUCACGUUCAUUUGAACAUUCAACCAUAAGUAAAAUACGUGAUUUAAAUACAGAAUUAAGUCAUAGUCGACAAUUAAAAGCAGCAGCUGUAGCUGCUGCAGCUAUUUCAACGACAACAAAUACCAAAGAUACAAUUAAACAAGAAAAUGAAAUUGGACAAAUAGGAUUAUCAGCUAAAGAAAAUAAUACUGAUCAUUUAUUUUCAUCAAUAAAUGAAAAUUUAAAUAAAACAAGUCAAUCAUUAAAUGAAUUAACACAAUUAUCAAUAAAACAAAAUAAACCAACACAUAAACAACGUAGUAUGCAACAAAUAAAUUCAAUACCAAUGCGAACACGUUCAACAACAAAUCCUGCAAUAAUGCAAAAAAAUCUUUCAAAUAAUUCAGCAUAUCCAUAUUGUAUGAGACAAAAACAAUCUUUACCUGAACCAACACGUAUAAAUCGUCGAAUAAAAUCUUCACGUUUAUUAAAAACUUCACCAUCAGCAUUAUCAAUAGAAAAUAUUAAACAACAAUAUGGAUUAACAAAUAAUAAUAAUAAUAAUAAUACAUCAAUACAAUCAACAAAAUCUUUUUCUUCAAUAAUACGUCAUUGUAUUAAUCGAAAUAAUAAUUUAAAUGAAAAUAAUCUUAAUCAAAAUCAUUCUUUAUGUUAUUAUUGUUGUUUUUAUUCAUCCUCAAUUAAUAAUAAUACAUAUCAAAAUCGAACUAAACAAACAUAUACUGUAACGCCAAGUCAUUCAUUCACAAAUGAUGACGAUGAUGAUGAUGAUAAACUUUCAUUAAAUGAAAUAGCAAAUCGUACACCAAUAUAUACUCCAGGUCAAUCAUCAAGUUUAACAUGUACAAGUGUACGUAGUAAUACUACACCAGGUGAUGUUCAUCGUCGAGAACGUAUUCGUUUUAUGAAAGAACAAAAAACAGCUAAAACAUUAGCUGUUGUUGUCGGUGGUUUUAUUAUUCUUUGGUUACCUUUCUUUAUUAUGUAUGUUAUACCACCAGAAAAGCGUUCAUUAAACGAUCAUACAGUAACAUUGAUAACAUGGCUUGGUUAUUUUAAUUCAGUUAUUAAUCCAUUUAUAUAUGCUUAUUGUUCAAAACAAUUUCGUAUGGCUUUUUGGAAUAUAACAUUUGGUGUAUGUAUUAAAAAAUCAUCUGCAUUAUUACCGAUAUCAAAUAAAAAUAAACAAUUACAUCAACGUCGUAUUAAUGCAUGA